UAGAAGUUGUCACUCACACACUGAGAAAGCAUUCUUCAGCACUCACAAACUUUCUAUUUCUAAACAUUUUGUUCACUGUUUAUCUCAGUCAUGCCUGAAAAGACAUCAAAAAACUUUGUCCAUCGCUUUCGGGAUUUGAUCCAGAGAAACCGCACAGGUGGAGAUGCAGACACAUUGCAUAUCAUACAGAGACCCAGGGAUUAUUCUGUGCGACUCCCACCUUUACCUGAGCGAUGCGCAGCUCAUCGCAGCUCUGCAGACACACACACACCCAGUGAUCUGAGGGCCAUUCCUUCCAUUGAUAGUCCUGUUGAGAUGACACCACUCACUCCAGUUCCUCCACCUCCUCGAGCAGCUCGUCCAUCUCAAUUGCCUGUUUUCUCUGCUAAACAUUCAGGAGCAGACACAAAGGUCAUUCAUGGAACAAGAGUCUUAACAGCAAGAGACAAAAUUGGACCUAUUUUGGAAAAACUGCAGCUUUUCCAGGAUGGGAUUGUAGCCUCACCUGGACACACAGUACCAACAAAAACCUUUGCUGCAGUAAAGCCUUCGUGUCCAAAACCUCCAACAGUUCCCAAAGCACAUAAACAAGGACCUCGGCCUGGGACGUUGCUGCGCCGUCCAAAAGUCGUCCCUAUAGACGACAAGAAAGCAGACAGUCAGUGCAGUCAGAAGAAUCCAAGAGAGGGCAGGGUCAAACUCCCACCUCUAGCUACACCUGUAGAGAGCCUGUCCCACAGCUUUAGUCUGCUGUCUUCAGACGACUGGAUAAAGAAAAGACAGGGGUUGCAAACUAUUCAGUCUCUGGCAAAGCACCACUCAGACAUCCUGAAGACUAAACUGCAUGAAGUGUGUCUGGUCCUCAUUGAGGAGGUGAAAAACCAACGCUCAGCAGUAGCCUGUGAGGCCAUACAUACCAUCGAUGAGCUCUACAUUCAGCUCCAGAAAACAAUGGACCCAGAAGUUGAAACAACAGGCCGAGCUCUAUUGCUAAAGCUUGCACAGACCAACAACAACUUUAUUCAUCAGGAGGUCAAACUGGCGCUUGAUGCCAUGGUGGGAAAUUGCAGCCAUGGACGGAUUCUCAGCGCCCUGUUUAACACAGGACUGAACCAUCGCUGUGUUGCAGUGAGGAAUAGCACGGCUCAACACCUGCACCAGCUGGCUGACAAACUUGGAGCAGCCGUCAUCCUGAAAGCAGGAAGCUUCACUGAACGCUUUCUAAUUGCUGCCUCUAGAAUGGCAGGGGAUGCUGCACCUGAAGCCAGGUACCAUGGGCAAACAAUCAUCAAGAAACUGGCCCUUCACAAGGACUUUAUGAAUUUGUGGAUGAAGAUUGUCCCUGAAAAAGACAGGCGUCCUGUGGAGAAGAGCUUGAAAAAGGCUAAUAAUUACGGGCAGCAGGUCAGCAUCCAGACUAAGCUCUCCUCUCCAGCAGGACCUCGGAUCCCCAGAUGUGACAAUGCAAGUCCUGACGAGUACAGAGGAGAAGAGCGGCGGCUACAGUAG